UGGAUUUCCUACUUGGCAAGCAUUUUGUGAGAGAGGUCACUCAACAGAGCAACCCCACAGAACAAGUCAUGAGAAUUCCCCACACCCUUCUUUUCUGUUGAAACAGCCUGUCACCAAGGGACUGGAGUUGGCUCUUGAGUUUUUGGAUAUAACACAAGAAUAUCCUUCAGAGCUGCCCCAGUACCACCCACCUUUCAGGAGGCCAAGACAAAGUCCCAAGUGCAACAGGCUAACAGUGCUGGAUGGCCUCCCUUUCAACCUGAGACUGACCAGACAAUGAGUCUUUUAAAUUUUGAACUUUUGUCUUGAACCAAAGUGGAGAAGGAUAAAAUGCAAAUAUGAAGCACUUUGAAGUGAAGGCAAAGACACCUGUUCUUCUUUCUCAAACAAACCAGACCCGUCACUCUGCCACAAAGGGUGUAAAUGACUUCACAUGCAACAGAAGGCAAAGGACAUUUUAUUUUCAUGAGAGCAGGAAAAAUCUUACAUUGACCAGCCGUCCAUCAUGGCAGCCUUGCCUAUCUUCCCAGGAAAAUGUUUUCAAGACAUUUAUGUUAAAAAACUCUGCUGUGUGUAAGGCUGUCCCUUACUACACAACCUUUGUGAGUGGUGCAACUUUGUGGGAUAGAGGCAUUUACCAUCCUGCUCACAAUCGUCGCCAUGAGAGACCUUCAUUACUAUGCCCCAGGUUUACAGCUCACAUGAAAAUUUCACCCGAAAUCCUUGAGUCUCCCCAGAUGCUCAAUACCAAGUUCCGUGGCUUUCCAGUCAAACAGAUGAGUCAAAACAAAAAAAAUUUCCCAACUCUCAGAAACACCUGGAGAGAUACAGUCUGUUUUAGAAGAGGACAGAAACAGGUUGUGCAAACAAAUAUACCCAUUCACCAUGAAUCUAAAGUUCCAAAAUUACCUCCACCAAGUUUGGCUUCCAGUGAGGAAGAUCUGGCUGAGGCAAUUGUCCACACACCUACUCCAUCAGUUAGAAACCAGGAGACCCCUUUAACACGGACUAUUGGAUCAGAAGAAAAGAAAAAAGAACCUGAGCUCUUAUGGACUAACACAGAAAUUGACAAAGAUACAGAGUUAGAUGAGUUACGCAAGCUUCGGAACAGUGUUUCUCCAUUACUGUCUGAAACAGAACACACUCCCUCAGAUUUCAGUAGGCUGACUUCAAGUACAAAGAGCAACCAGACACUGUUCAGCUUUGAGAGAGAAACUGACUGGUCAGACACAGAACUUGAAGCAACCAGAAGCAGUAGCCAAACUUCCUACCAACCCAUUCUGCAUACAAGCUCUCUACUGGUGGCAAGUGGUUACUGCAGUGGCUUUCUGAGCCCCAGUUUGAACAGUUCCAGUUACCAUGGCACUGCAAGCAUUCUCCAAGCUUCAUCAUAUUCUGUGAAAAAAUGCUCAGGGCAAACACCUUCUUUCGUAGAAAUUUGGCAUGACCGUCUCCUGCACCACUGGCCUGUUCUUCCACCGAUCUCCCCACAAAGAGCAUGCUCGGAUACUACAUGUGAGGUCAGAUCUCAGACAUCCAAACUUAGUAGUGCUAUACAAGAUGCAUUCAAUGAACCUGAAGGAAUUAAUCCACGAACAGGCUGCUCUUUGUCUCAGCACGAUGAAGGAAACUCCUCUGAGGAAGACCUACCAGAUCUCUCAGAACUUUCUGAAAGGGCUGCGUCUUUGAACAUUGGAUGUGUAAGUGAAGAUGAAUCACUAGCUGAAAUCAGGCUUUCCUUGUUGGAUCACCAGAGUUGGGAAAAGACAGGCCAAGAUGAAGGUAUUCAGAAUGAUGUCGAAGAAUGGUGCAAUGCCUCAGAAGACAUUUUGGGUUAUAAGAUGGAAAAUAUUAUUGGAUCUGCAGCCCGAGAUGCCAAUGGCUUCCUGCUUCAUCUUGCACCUGCCUUCUUGAGAGAAAGGAAGACAUCAGAUGCUUACUCAAAUAAUGGAAUAGCUGAUCAGCAGAGCAUCUACACAAUGGUUGGUUGCAGCAAGUCAGAGGCAGUGUUGAUUCUCAAGCAAUUGCAAGGGGGAGAGUGCGCACGGACUGGGAUUCCCCCUCCCGAGACUGUUGGAAUGAAAUCACCAAAUACUCUAAGGAAUGAAGAAAAUUCUUUUUCUACUACUGAACUACACCCAAAUACAGACUUGGAAAUAAAAUCACCUAUAGCUGGAGCUUCUUUGGUUGAAGACUGUUGUUUGUUCCCCCAAUUAACAGGCUUGAAUGAAACUGAAUCCAAGCUGGAAAGUAGGGACCCUCUCUCUGUUGGACACUUGCACAAGGCUCAGCAUGAUACAGUACUGAAAGAAUCAGCUGAAGAGUCAAAUAAGAACAUGGAUGGCUGUUGCAUUGGAGAUAAGAGGCCUGGAGAGUCCAGAACACCCAGUCAUGCAAAUAGAGGAAGACCUUCCAAUCUGGACCACGCCAUUCUGCUGGGAAUGGACCAACAACGAAAAGCUGAGGGAAGACAAGCUCAAGCCUUACACAUUUACUCAAAACUCCAGGAGACUCAAAUUCCUGCAUUCCAAGCACCUGAGACUAGGACUAUCUCCAACUUCGAAGACUUCGACUUUUUGGCAAAAUACUGCAUCUUCAGCCAGGAGAAGUUGGCUAAGUACAAAAGGGCUUUUGAAGCAGUGGACACUGAUGGAGAUGGAUACUUGAACUGCCUACAAGUUUUGAUGGCUUUGAAAGAAACUGUCCCUUCAGAUGCACUAAGUGAUGCGGAAGAACUUUAUGUAUAUAGGAUCUUAGAGAUUGUUGACUAUUAUGUAACAGAUGGCCUGACAGACCUCCGACUCUUCGCGGUGAUGGCUAGCUUGGCACAGAAAAUAGCAGCACUGGACAAUUUUAUGAAAGCGUUGAUUGGCCGCAUGGAUUUUAAAGCCUUGGAACUGAAAAUGUACAAUGCUAGG